AAAUCCCCUGUACAUCCCGAACCCUCUAUUCGGUUUCCUUGACCCCUCCCUUGGCCGCGCAAAAUGUACUCGCAACCGCAACAAGUGUCCCAUGGCACUCAGACCAUGCCACAGCCGAGUCCCAAGGCCGUGUGCGUGCCGCUGCUGUUGGUCGACGAGGAUGGGAAGAAACGCUACUGCUACCAUGGCGGCAAGUGCCGGUGCGAGACCUGCCAGAAGAUGCGCGAGCAGCAGGCGGAGGAGCUGGACGAGCAGCUAUUGGCCGCCCUGCCACACAGUCGCUUGCAGCUGGUGCCGGCGCUGCGUCAGGUGAGGCCGAAGCAGUACCGCUUGGACGCCAGAUACGCCACGCCCGAGCUGUCCAAGUACCUGAGCGAGGAGCACAAGGAGCUGCGCAAGAAGUACAAGACCUACUAUCUGCCCGAGAAGUACUUCCAGGUGAAUGCCUUCAAGGUGCCCGGUCCGCAGCACAAGCAGACCCAAACGGAUAUCCGAAUCGGCAGCUACGGCAUCGACGGUUGUCCGUGCAUCGACAAAUCUCUCUGCUGGGACAUCUAGUGGGAAUAGGAGAAUAAACAG